CAUAAUAAGGAUUUAACCCCAAAUUGUGCGAAGAAGGAAGGUCAAACGCAUGGCGUUCAUUCAUGUCAGUAUACAGGACGUUGAGUUUGUGACACGAAUCUAGCAAAAAAGCAAUAAGCAGCACAUAAGAUUAGGCUUUUCUGUAAAUUCUUCACUUGCUGAGACAUUAUGGAUAUUAUGACAUCACAGGAAGAAGCUCGUAAUUUGUAGGUGGUCUCAUUUGUCGCAUCGGUUCUUCUGCGGUCCUUUUCUUUACACUUGACUAAAACAACAUUGACUGCAGUGAUGUUGAGGAGCAUUGUUAGACUUCAAUGUCAGCUGGGUAGUUCCCGAACCCUUCUCAAAUAUUGUUCAAGAGAUCCUGCCUCUAAUUUCUCAAUACAAAGCAAUGCAUACUCCAGUGCCAUGACGGAAAGGAGGAAAUUCUACAAAGAUGUCAGCAUAGCCCAAGGCGAAGGUGGCGUGUAUGAGGUUCAUCUGGACAGAAGGAAGUUAAAAACACCGGGAGGGAAGCUGUUCACCGUCCCCAACGAAUCUCUAGCCGUCGCAGUGGCAACGGAGUGGGAUGCUCAGAAGGAAACUCUUAAGUAUUACUCCAUGCAUUUGACCACUCUUUGCAACACAGCCAUCGACAAUCCCACUCAUCGAGACAAGCAGCAAAUGAUCACUGCUUCUCUCAAAUUUGUGGAGACUGAUACUGUCUGUUACAGAAUAGACGAUCCUCCAGCCUUGGUUGAGCUGCAGAAGAAUGAAUGGGAUCCUGUUCUGCACUGGAUUGAGAACAGGUACAAUGUGGAGAUCGGCUCUUCCUACAAUAUACUGGGACCUGAGAUCCCAGCGGCCACCAUAGACACGUUCCGGCAGCAUCUCAACUCCUACAACUUCUGGUCCCUCACAGGGCUGGAGUUCGUCAUCACCCAGCUGAAGUCUGUAGUGCUCUCCCUGGCAUUGGUUGACAGGCAUCUGACGGUGGAGGAGGCCGUCCUUCUGUCCAGACUCGAGGAGGAGUACCAGAUUGAGCGAUGGGGCAGUGUCGAGUGGUGUCACGACUACGACAUGUACGAGCUCCGGGCACGGACGGCCGCCGGGGCGCUGUUCGUUCAGCUCUCGUCAGAAAUGUCCAGUGUCAAACGCAAACUGAUGCAGGACUGCUGAUGACUUAGAUUUUUUUGCAAAACCUCCAAUGUACACGGCAAUGCUUUAUGGUUGUGUUUUUUCCCCCGGUGUGGCUAACAUCUAGUCUGUUAUUCUCAUCCGUAACUUAUUCUGAAGAGAGGUUUUGAACCCCACCCGAUAACCCUGAAUAUAUUCUCUGCAGCAUUCUUUAACAGUGUUACAUUCAGCAGUUGUCAACCAUCUUCGUUAACAAUUGUGUAGAAGGACUGAAUUACUACCAUAUGUAUGCAAGUCAGGUGAGCUAGGUAUUGCUAUUGAUAAUUAUUUUCUAUCCUAGUUAUUUUCAUUCUCAUUUUAUAGCAAAUGAAUUUGAUAGGCUGCGAUGUAAAAUGUGAAGUUUACUCAAAUACCGUUUUCUUUUCUUUUUGAAAAAGAUUUGGAUUGCUGCCAUAUUGGAAAAGUCCCUCUUUAUCAAAUGUAUCAUUCUUAAUUUCUUGUACAAAUCUGCGAUCCUCUCUAUAAAUACAAACUUCUCCACAAA